AUGGGGCGUGGGUGUUAUUUAGAGGCUAUUAGUAAUCGGAACAAAGCAAAAGCUUCGACAUCUGGAGAGGCAACAUCUCGGUUCGGGAAGCUUAAGCGUCUUUCCGCACAUAUUCCGCAGAAAGGGCCACCAUUUCGCGGCUUCUUCUGCCGGCAGCACUUCGCUCAUUGUUUCGAUGUACAUAUCGAAGAGAUACUUGUUCAACUUGUUCGUCUGUUUCCAUCGCUCAAGAGGCACCCAGCCACUGUUAUCCGUGCCGAACUGGUCCUUGACAAGAUCCCACAGAUACACACUAUCUUUGAGUCGCACCUGUUCGUCGUGCCGCUUAAGUUCCUCUUCACUAGAUUUGAAUGGAUAGCUACUGGGGAGACUAAAAUUGCUCCCAGUCCUUAG